CGGCGAAGAGGACGGAGGUUAAUUGUGGAUGCACACCGAUGUUGACGCAAGUUGCGCAUGCGUACAUCUAUCAAAACACCGACAGAAGAGUGGUGACCGUUUGAGGAUAUUCAAGUAAAACAAUGUCCUAUAAAGCGUGCAGUGACUUCAGUUUAAUCUCAGUGUGACAGUUUAGUGUGUGAGUAGAAGAUGGACAACGUUACCGUGUCAGCUUCAGAGGGGAUAUCAGAAUGUCCUCUGGUUUCUGACGACAUGGAGGGGAUCUGUGUAAUGCCGGAUUUGGGUGCCAUCAAGACCGAGCAAUCGACGGCAGAUGAUCCGAGCACCCAAAAUGUGGCCAUGGGCAUCAAGUUCAUCCUGCCCAACCGCUUUGACAUGAAUGUUUGCUCAAGAUUUGUCAAGUCGCUUAACGAGGAGGACAGCAAGAACAUCCAGGACCAGGUCAACUCUGAUCUGGAGGUGGCUUCCGUUCUAUUCAAAGCUGAGUGCAAUAUCCAGACCUCACCUUCCCCGGGUAUACAAGUGCGCCAUGUUUACACGCCGUCCACCACCAAACACUUUUCCCCCAUCAAACAGUCCACCACACUCACCAAUAAACACCGUGGCAAUGAGGUUUCUUCCACGCCCCUUUUGGUGCACUCUUUGUCCAUUCAUCAACUUGCGGCCCAAGGUGAAAUGGUGUUUCUGGCCAGCAGGAUCGAACAAGAGACUGUGAUCAAUCUCCAAGAUGAGGAAGGCUUUACCCCCCUGAUGUGGGCGGCUGCACAUGGACAAAUCGCUGUCGUCGAGUUUCUGCUCCAAAACGGUGCUGACCCCAACCUCCUGGCCAAAGGGAGGGAAAGUGCAUUGUCCUUGGCAUGCAGUAAAGGAUACACUGAUAUUGUGAAGAUGCUCAUUGACUGUGGUGUUGAUGUCAAUGAAUAUGAUUGGAAUGGAGGAGCCCCUCUGCUGUACGCUGUUCACGGGAACCAUGUGCGCUGUGUGGAAAUCUUGUUAGAGAGUGGUGCCGAUCCUACCAUUGAGUCAGAUUCUGGAUUCAAUGCAAUGGACAUGGCUGUGGCUAUGGGACACCGGAAUGUUCAACAGGUGAUGGAGGCACACUUACUGAAGUUACUGAUGGGAAUCAGAGAAUGAACUGUGACACUUGAGGAAAAACAAAUAAACGCCAGGCUCUGGACAAUCAUGUAACACGCCCAGGCUAUUGGCCAAUGGGAAUACUUUAUUCUAUCAAGUGAAGUGACACAUCGUGUCAGCAUUAUUUUGUUGGCAAGAUGCUGUGUGAAUUAUCAAUUUUAACCCUGUUCUGUUAACUGUUUUACUCUUCACAUUGAAUGUGGAGUGGCAAACCUGACCUAGACACACUGACUUUUAAAGAAGAGAAAUAUAAAGCUGAGUUCUUCACUUCAACCCAGCAUGCACUGCUCUCCCUCUGUAAGAUGCUGCCAAAUGUGCAGUGCAGUACAGGGCUGAUUUUGUUUCAGACAUAGAGGUUUUGUUUGAAGUGUUUUUAAUAUUGUAAAUUAUAAAAUGCCAUCAUUUACUGUUCCAACUUUCCCUCGUCAUGGCAAGUGUUUUUUAAAUCAUAAUAAUACAGUUUUAAGAGUUUAAAAAUAUUGAUGUAAUAUGUUGAAUUGUUGAUAUGUUGAAAGUGUUUAUACUCUCUGGUCUCGAUAAUUAGGUCAUUUCUGAGGCUUUUUUCGAAAACCACAGUGAGUGGAUUGAAAAUCUGUUGUUACAGAUUGGGAUGCACGCAGUACAGCCUGUGUGCUUUAUGAAGCUGCCAAGCUGUUUGUUGAUCCUGAUGAUUUUUUGUGUUGGUUGUACUGAUUUUAUUUAUUUGAAUAUUUUGUGCUGUAAUGUGAUAAAAUUCUCAUGUUGAUGUAAGUCUGUUUCAUUUCCCUGGAUUGUUAUGUGUUGUGACCUCACACCUAAUUUUAAUGUCCCACAGCAGUUGUUGUGGUGCUGUUUGCCACUGUAUGAAGGUGCUCAUGUGUUACACCAGUCACACUGUAAAGCUGUGUAUAAAGAAAUAACCUGGAUUGACCGCAGUAUCAGACAUCAUUCUGUACAAAUAUUUAUCCGAUUGCAGAUCACAAAGGUCAAACCACUGUUUAUAGACAUGCAAAUGACGUUAUUUAAUUAAAAGAUCUUUUCAAACUGCAUUGAACAGAGUCAUAGUUAUGGUGAAAAUCUAUAAUUAAGUAGCUGUUGAGUACUGUAGAGCAGGACAGAAAUAUUUUUAAAAUUUUUGGUCAUUAUGCACAUAUUCAAUCCUGCAGUGUGAUAUUUCUCAUGUUCAUCAUCUUCAUUAACAUGCAAACAUUUGCCACAUUUUGCAGUUAUUUGGCUAUAAACAGAAGUAUUGGUCAAACUGAAUUUUAGACUAGAUGAUGACAGAUUAAUGGUCAGAUGAUCACCAAAGUUAAGCCACAGCUCUCCCUCUCUCAUAUCUGUGCCAAAUUUUAGUUAAAGAAGGGCAACUACAGCUAUGUUGCAGCUGUUUAAAUAGUACUUGAGAAACAAACAGAAAACCUGGCCAUUUAUUGACAGUAGCAAAGGUUUAUUCCAGAUAUUGUGGUUCGAGCGAGGCCAUAAUGAAUUAAGGUUCGGUAACAUGGAGGAAACGGAUGUACAGCAGGAGCCUUAAACGCCACAUUUUAUACACAAUCUCACGCUAACUGGACAUAAAGACCACAGAGCACAACAAA